UGGUUGGUGUCCGUCCGAAGAUGCGUUGCACUCCGGCAGCAUCAGUACCAGCUCCGCCGUGCCAUUAAACCAAAAAACCCGGGGGACGGAGCAGCAGCAGCGGCGGUGUUAGCGGCUCGAGCGGCGGCGGUGCAGCGGAGCGGCAGGAUGGGAGACCAGAAGGAAUCUCUGCGUAAGAUCACCCACACGCUGGCGAUGAAGAAUGAGGAGAUCUCAAACUUCGUGUGCACUCUCAAACAGAGCCUCGACAACUUAGAGGCGAACUCCAACAGAGUCCAGGAGGAUCUGGAGUCUGAGUUCACCGCCCUCCACAAUGUUCUGGACGAAAUGAAGGAGAACAUGGUGACGCGCAUCAAACAGGAGAGAGCCAGCCGCACGUACGAGCUACAGAGUCAGCUGAGCGCCUGCUCCAAGGCCCUGGAGAGUUCAGAGGAGCUGCUGGAGCUCGCCAAUCAGACGCUCUGCUCCUCGGAGACGGACGGUUUCAAUCAGGCGGCCAAAGACAUUAAGGAUAGCGUGACAAUGGCUCCAGCCUUUCGCCUCUCCCUGAAGGCUAAAGCCAGUGACAACAUGAGUCACUUGAUGGUGGAUUUCAGCCAGGAGAGGGAGUUGUUGCAGGGCCUCAAGUUUCUUCCAGUUCCUGCCACUCCAGAGAUCCAGGUGUCAGAGUGCCAGGUGUGCGACAACACAGUGACCGUAGUCUGGACCUUAUCGGAGCCUGACAGCAAGAUAGACCACUACAUCCUGGAGCAUCGACGCACAAACCACGAGGGCCCGCCACGCAUCAGAGAGGACUACCCCUGGAUGGUGUUAGAGGGGAUAAAAGAGCUGGAGCACACUCUCACAGGUCUGCGCUUUGACACCCGGUACAUGACGUUCAGAGUGAAAGCAUGUAACAAGGCUGUGGCAGGAGAGUUCUCUGAGCCGGUUACACUAGAAACUCACGCCUUCACCUUCAAGCUGGACUCUGCGUCGGCCCACCAGAACCUGAAGGUGGAGGACUUGAGUGUAGAGUGGGACAGCAGCGGAGGAAAGAUACAAGACAUCCGCAAAGAAAAGACCCGAACCAACUCCCCGAUGCACUCUCCAGCAAGGUCAGCGCUGAUGUCACCUAAGAGAGCGCCGACAGCUCGUCCCGGCAGAGACAGGUUUACAGCAGAGUCCUACACAGUGCUGGCUGACACCAUGAUCGACGCUGGCCAGCAGUACUGGGAGGUGCGGUUUGACAAGGAGAGCAAAGCCUUCGCUGUCGGCGUUGCCCUGCGGAGUCUUGGAAAAUUCGACCAGUUGGGAAAAAGCGGUGCUUCCUGGUGCAUCCACCUGAACAACUGGCUGCAGCAGAGUCUCACAGCCAAGCACAACAACAAGGCCCGCACACUGGACUGUGCCAUCCCCAACAGUAUAGGAGUCUACGUCAACUAUGACGAAGGUGUUUUGUCUUUCUACAACUCCAAAACUAAACAACUGAUGCACACCUUCAAAACCAAGUUCCAGCAGCCAGUUGUGCCAGCUUUCAUGGUGUGGAACGGCAGUUUUUCAGUAGUGACGGGCCUGCAGGUUCCCAGCAUGGUGCAGAGCGGGCAGCGAAAGAACAGCGGCACCAGCAGCUCCAACGCCAGCCUCACCUAGUCUCAUCCACUGAGCCAGCUGGAUGCCGCCCAGCUCUGCUCGACUGCAGUCCUGCUGCAGAACAUCACUUCUGCCGUGGCUGCGGUCCAAGCCAUAUCAUGGAAGAGUUACAUCACUGGAGUAUGAUGGUUUAACCUGUUCCAGCGUCUGCGUUUACAGAAAUAAUUUAGGGAACAGUGAGUCAUCCGUCAGUGGCAGAACUCUUCAGAUGUAUGACUGCGGCUGUUGUUGCUCGGGACACAUUAGCUGUAGUCGUACUAGUUUUUCCUCUCAUGUCAUUUAGCACUGUCCCACUGCUGCUAGAGCAAAGAUUUAGCGCUGGCCGCUGCCCUUCCUUCCUCGCCAUCACCAAAACUGUCAGUGGUGCUGUCAAUGCAGCCAGCUGCAGGUGCAGGGUUACAUCCUGUCCUGUCUGCUCUCUCCCUGUGCCUUCCUUCUCAUUUCCAAACUGAUUGGCCAAAUCGGAUGAUCCACACAAACAUGCUAGUAUCUCACUGCAAGAAAUUGUCUCCCUAAAACAAUCCAAAACAACGUAUCGUGUCAAUGUCGUUAUAACGCGGUUGUAUUGUAAUUUAGUGUUACUUAUCACCCAGUGAAUCUGCCUCUUCCCAUCAACCAAACUAUGUAACCCAAAUAAUCUGCUCCGUGACAAUGCUACUGACUAGAAUGUAGUUCAUUAAAUCAGGAUUAAUUCAACUUUGCCAGCAGCUAAUGGAUCAUAAGUACAACACGUAUUCAAGAUGUUGUAUUUUAUUUCUUGCAGAGGCAUGCAGACUUAACAGUGUUUACUGCUUUUCACUUUUUAUAGUCGGGUCCCACAGUUUGCGUGCGAGAAACUGGGUCAUUUAGCCUCCUGCUGAGGUUCUGUUAGUUUGAAAUUAGAGUCAGUGUCGGCUGUGAGGGUUUAAAGGAAUUUUGUUUGGAUCUUUGAGGUGGGGUUGUAUGAGGUACUUAUUAAUAUUAAGGGUAUUACGUGCAGUAAAUGUGAGUCGGCACACCCCCAACACUGAAGCUGAGGUGUGUACCACUGUGGACGAGCGGCUUGCAUUUCCAUUAUUGCUCGCAUAACACACCUACGUCACCUUCGUUUGCAAAUAAUAAUAAGUUUUGUGCAAAUCUGUAAU